AUAGCAUUAGAAAAGGCGGCAAAACAUGUGACAAAUCAACUCUCAGUUGACUUGUUUUGAAACUAAAGAAUCGACGGAUCAGUUGAUUGUGACAAAUGGCACACAAAGUGAUUAUAGUCUCAGCAUUCAAUGGAUGGCAAUCCGGACACCAAUUGUUGCCAAUUAGUGUCCAAACGGAUCCAACAGAUCCGCACACGAAGACACAGUAUUUGAUGGACACGAGUGACAACCAGUUAUACGAAAGCACUCUUCAGACCAACAAAUUUCAGUCAUUUUUGGUGAAUAAUGCCGUCGUUUCGGAUGGCAAUUACUAUGUCUUUACGCCAAUGGAUGUCCUCUUCGUUGUGUUGCCAUCGCUUAUG